GCAGGCCGCAGGUAGCAAAUAGUUAUAGGAGAUUUACAUAGAUGUGACGAUGUGUCAGUGGUUGCGCCAAACGUGCAUCGAUGUAGCCAGCUUUGAUUCAAUCAAAUUUGAAAGUACUAAAAAUGGCUCUUUGUUCCUGAAUCUCGUAUCGUGGCAGUUCUUCUAAUAAAUUGGUAAUAGGGUAAUAGUAACAAAUUCACAAAAAUCUGUUACAAUGACAUCCUUGGGUCUAAAAUUCGUGCAAAAGGCUCAUCUUCUACAGCGAGUGAAUAAUCCACAAAGUCACAUACAAAUAAAACAAGCGACAUCGACUCCAUCGGGUGCAAUUCUGCCGGAACCAAAAAGACCACGUUUUGGAUUUCUUGGAAUUAUUUGCGGAAUUGCUUGCGGUUUAUUUAUCGGUGCUGGAAUUAGCAAAAACAUUGCCAAUUUCCUGGAAGAAAACGAUCUCUUCGUUCCUUCCGAUGAUGACGAUGAUGACGAUUGAAUCCGAUAUUUUUGGAUAAAAUACAAAUCUGGAUGAAUUUCCGAAAUGUGUGAAAUUGCCAGCCUCAGCCAGUAGUAGUCUCUUUUUAAAAUUAAAAGGAAUAGUCCGCUUGUGUCAUUUAAUUCCGAUUCAAAUCUGCGCUAAU